GGGUGGGUUUUGCAACUUUAAGAUAACAAGUGGGCGUAACAGUGUUCAACAUACUGCGACAACUUGCAGGGUCUGAGGAAGUUAUCAAAAAUAGCGAACAAAAGCUAAUAAAGCCGCAAGUGUGCCAAACUAAUCCCCCCCAUCGCUGCGAGGAAAUGGCGGAUGUUAGUAGAGAAGCGCCUAAUCUGAGCUCGCGCAAACGCUCGCUUGAGUUGCUUCGCAAAAACUUAGAGUGACAGCCGCAAAUCAAUCGACAAGGUCCAACGUUUCACCAUGGCCUCAAAAAAAAGGCGGACGCCCAACGUCCAGAACGACAGCUGGGUCGUUAUUGCUGCAGGCUCCGUCCUGGACAGCCAGAGGAAGGACAGUGAGCCGACUUUUGUGCGACUCCGGAAUCCAGCCACAGAUGCCGCCUCCUUGUACAUGCUGAGCGGCGGCGGCGGCGGCGGCGACUUGCAGCUUUACGAGGUUAAAGCCUUUGAAGAAGACUUCCGGUCCUGGUUCGUUGGCCAAACAGUCCAGAGAGAUGGGAGGCUUCUGUUUGUCACACCGAUGGAUCCGCUUUAUCUCCUUUUGCCCUACUCGAUCAAAUCUGGAAAAGAAGGCAAGUUCCAGCCGGUGGCUCAAAUGGUGAUGGAUGAAGAGUUUCCGGCGUGCACCAGGCUGCUGAGCUGCAUGCGUUCUUUGGCCUCCAUGCAUCACAUCGCUGAUGAAAAAGAGGUAGGAAGCCUCCAGUUUCACCGAUACAGUCAAGAAAAAACAAUGGCUUGGUUAAAGAAGAAGGUGGAAAAAACAGUCCUUGUGCUCAAGAAGAAGAACAUCUCUGUGGGGGAGGGGGUUAAAUCCUCCACAUAUGUCCGAGUCAAGAUGGAGUCGGACUCAAGCGAGGAGGACUACCUUUCCUACGCCCAUGGUCUUAUAUCAGAGUACAUCAGCCAAGACCUGAGCAAGGACCUCCGCCAUCACUUGCAGCUACCAGAGAUCACAAGUCCAAAGGAGACCGAACCGCCUUUAAAGAAGCGGAAACUGUCCGACAAGCCAGUGGAGCCGGGAGAAGACUAUACUAAGUUCAACAGUGGGGACUUUGCUCGCAAACCCCCCAAGAAGUUGACGGCCGCACAGAAGAAUCUGGCAAAGGUGGACAAGAGCGGCAUGAAGACAAUGUCGUCCUUCUUCAGCCCCAAAGUCAAAGGGGAAAAGAAGUGAUGGUUUGUCCUCCUUGUGCUUGCUUUUGUACAUGCCGCUUUUGUAAGAAAGCAAAGAAAAACAUUUUCAUGAGGUACCUUCACCCGUUCAGCUGAGGUCAAAGUCAAGUUCCUGCCACUCCCAGUCAACAUUCUAACCAUUUUUAUCAUUUAAAAACACACUUAAAGGUAGAGUUUGCAGUUUAAAAACAACACCUUUUGUCAUUUGGGUUUAAACUGUCUGUAUGACCUGACAGUAGAAUAUUAAUAAAAAUCUUUUGAAAAAAAAAAAAAAGAAAAUCAGUGCUUUCUGGUACCAUCUAAUGCCUCUAAUUUGAUUUGAAUUAUUAUUUUACAACUUGGCAAUGGCACUGCAGGAACAGCCUAUCAAAGACUUAAGCAACAGAAGGCAUGACCGAAUAGAUUGUUUAUCAUUUGCGGGCACACGUGGGGCGUGUGACACGCCAGCCUCGCUUCGUUUACGUCCAGCACCGUCCCACAGACUUUUUAUUUGGCCGGAUAUUUUCCCCAUGGUUAGCAACAAAAGUUAGAAAGAAGGAAUUGGACAGAUCCCGAGACAAAACAAGGGUAAACAUGUAGAACAAUAGUGCCAUAUACCCGGACUGCUACAUAUGGUUGGGCUUGGAAAACCACCGGCGCCGACAUCACUAUUCUCAGAUAAGUUGUGUUAUAAAUUUAAUUGAUUGUACAUUCCAUCAAAUCCAACAUCAGACCUUAAGCAUUUGGUGUUUGGCAAUACUCGAAAAAGUCAUGCUAGCAAUGUAGCACUCUUAGCGUGCACGCGUCCUCUUGAGCUGGGGGCUUUCUUUGGGCAGAGACGCGAACGGGCGAAUAGUGACGUGAGACUACGUAAGGCAGUUUGAAAACUAUACACUCUACUUUUAAACACGAGUGUUCAAUCGUAGUGAAACAAACCCUUGAUUUUGGACGCUGUCCUAGUACAAAUUCAGUGGAAAUUCUCUUGACACAUGGUCAUCAAAGUGUUAAUUUGUGCUAAUCUGAACUCUAUUGCUCACCAAAACAGCAGCACCAUGGGCUCUAUUUAGUAAUAUCUAAAUCAGUAUGGUCUAUGUAGCUGGAAUUGGUCCAUUUCCAGCACUUUCCCCCAUUUGAAUAAGAAAGACUGCCUCAGAGUCCUGAGGUUCGGGGUGCCGGCCUCGGCUUCGGCCUUCCUGUGUGACGUUUUGUUUUGCCGGUUGCCCACAUUCUAAAAACAAUUCUGGGUCAACUGAAGAUUCCAAAUUGUACAUAGGUUUAAAGAUGUAAAUGGUUGUUUUCCCAUAAGUGUCCCGCGACGAGUCCAGGCUGUCCAAAGUCAGCUGGGAUAGGCUCCAGGUCAACUGCGACCCGAAUGAGGACAAGCACGAAAGAUGAUGGAUGAAUUUUCUCACUUCUAACACUUGUCAGCAAGGAUGAUGUGCCCUUUUAUGAGCAGUAUUCAAGGCUAUAUUAGUUUGUUGUCUGUUAAAUGGGUGACAAAUUCCCCACGGGUCCGUUUGGUGUGGGCGCGGUUUAGG